UUUGCAUGAAGUGUUUUCUGGCUGCAGCUCGUAUCUCGGCUGCAGAGCGAGAUCCUCUGAGGGGGAAAGCGAGGGAAGCGGUGCAGUGAAAAUAGGAGGAGGGGGGAGUCUUGUGUUUCACAUCAGAGGAGCAGCGAGGAAAAACGGGCUGAAAGCAAGGAUAAGGUGUCCGAUAACAAAAGCAGAGAGGGGGGGGAAAGCAGAAGAGCGGCUUCUCUUGUAUCGGAAAAUGGAGCUACCCGCCGCGGGAGAGCACGUCUUUGCGGUGGAGAGCAUCGAGAAGAAGCGCAGCAGAAAGGGACGGGUUGAGUAUUUGGUCAAGUGGCGGGGAUGGUCUCCAAGAUACAACACAUGGGAACCAGAGGAGAACAUCCUGGACCCAAGACUACUUGAUGCGUUUCAAGACAGGGAACGUCAAGAGCAGAUGAUGGGGUAUCGCAAGAGAGGACCCAAGCCAAAACAUCUUCUGGUCCAGGUGCCUUCCUUUGCCAGGAGGUCCAGUAUCCUGGCUGACCUACAAGAGGCGUCCCUGGAUGAGGACAGCUGUCAGAACGCCAGCCCCAUCCAGAUGCUUCGUCCGCAGCCCCAGCAUUACCAGCUGAACAGCAAGAAGCACCACCAGUACCAGCCGCUGUGCAGGGAGCGUGAGGCUGAGCAGCAGGCUAACGGCAAGAAGUUUUACUAUCAGCUCAACAGCAAGAAGCAUCAUCACUACCAGCCAGACAUCAAGGUGCACGAGCCCAUGUUUGCUAAACCCAAGAUAGACGUCCAAGCUCCUGAGCUGGCUAACAAAGAGUAUAACCUUCCUCCGGUGCUGCAGCAAAAGUGGGUUCGGGACAAGGACUCGGGCUGUCUGACCAAAGUGAAGGAUAUCACCAUGGAGUUGAAGAAGCUUCCGGCAAACUUCAACGGACACAAAGAGCAAGAGAAGCCGAAACCUAAGGAGGACGCUUUACCACAGCCCAACGGUGUCAGCAGCAGCAAACUAAAGAUUGUGAAGAACAAAAACAAGAAUGGCCGGAUUGUUAUCGUCAUGAGCAAGUACAUGGAAAACGGGAUGCAAGCAGCUAAAGUGAAAAACGGCGAGUGCGAUGGUGCUGAAAAGCCACCGCAAGGCACCGACAGCGGUGCGGAAAAGCACCUGGAAAAGAUGAAGCUCGUCAAAAAGCUCGGCCUCAUCAAUGGAUUUGCUAAAAGCCCCGUAGACAAAGCGACAUCUCUCAGUUCUGGAUUUAAUGGAAAUUGCCCCAAAGAAAAGGAACCGUCCCUGAAAGCGGAGCUAACUGCGACAGAACAGGAUAAACAUGUUGAGGUCAGGGGUCAGGGCCAGCUUCCAGAGGAUCAGCCUUUGCAAUUGACAACCAAACCUAAUCUGCUCUCCCGGCCUUUGAACAGGGGAGUGCCCUCAUCACAGGACAAAAGAGAAGGCCAAGGUGGGUUUCAGGGGCUAAAGCGACACCUCUCUGACACAGAUGGCGAGGAACGUGAGGGCAGUAAAAGGUUUUUGAGCUCCAGGAGCAUAAGCGCUCCCAACACAGCGUCGUCACCUGUCCAAAGCAUCAACAUCGACCAAAAUGGACACCACGGUCACCCCGGGCUGCAGGAUUGUGGGUAUGUGGACCAAGUGGAGCCCAUUGACUUGAGUAUUGUCAAGUCGAGGCCUAAAGCUGCAGUUCCCACGACGGCGCAGCCUGAAACGCACACACAGCCCGAGGCGCUAACACACACAGAGGAGGAAAGACAAACAGAGGCUGACACACAAACAGAAACUCAGCUUGAAACACAACAACCUGCAGAAGAGGAGAACGCCGAGUCCGUUUCUAACCACGAACAGAAAAAGGAGGACACGUUUCCCUCCUUCAAACCUUUCCUUGGGAAUAUAGUCAUCACGGACAUUACCACAAACUGCCUCACAGUUACGUUCAAGGAGUACAUAGCAGCGUAACAAUCUGGGUACCAGCUGUGCAUCUGUAUAAAUGUACAUGACAUAUAUUUGUAUUUUUGGAUGCUUGAAUGUACAAAUCGACCCUUGAUGUUGUUUUCAUUUUGUAUAUUGGUAGUUCAGAUAACAAGAGAAACGUUUUAUUUGCAUAUUUCUUCUUAUAAGCUAACGAGAAACUGUCUAUUUGCAUAUUUCUUUCUUAUAAGCUCAACCUGUUGUUAUUUCUGGAGAUUUUUAUAACAUGCGGUAUCUUCUUGAAACCUAAACUGCAAAAUUAGAUCGAGCAAAUGAGGGGAUGUAAUUAAAGAUGCACUUACUGGUGUAAAUAAAUUGGCUUCACUUUUCUAUGGAUGUAACUCGUUUUAUACAGUCAACCGUCUACAUGUCAGAUAAUGUCAAACAAAUGUAGGCUAUAUGGAGAAUUUUGUUAGGAAGAAAAUUAUAUUGAAUCCUGGUAAAUUACACUGUGUGUGCGUGUGUGCGUGUGUGUGCGAACAGAUGGACAGAUUUAAAGGAUGCGUGCUGCUUGGACAGAUUAUGCCAUUAGGCAUGCUUAAACAAGCAAAUAAAGAAAAAUGAAGCGCCUUUUUGUCAAUAAAUAUGAUUUGCAUUGUUAAAAAGGCUUUUAAAUGGAAGAUUAUUCGAGCUUGAUGUUUGCUUCUGUUCUGUUUUUUAAGCCAUGCCUCUCUGAUGCCGAGCGCCAGUCGCCCGUGACUCUGAUAAUUUAUGUUUUGCAGCAGCACGCCGACUGAACGUGGCUUCUUUUUCUUUUAUUUGAAUGACAUCAGUCACAAAUCUGCUAGUUGAGCUGUCUAAUCUUACAGACUAAUACCACCAGCUGGGUUCUCUGGAUUCAACUUUUCAUGUCUCUGUUCUUUGGCACCCUGACGUGUUCGGUGAAGGCAGUGCAGUUAUUAUGUAUGGGAUCCCAGAGGCUUGUCUUGACAUAGUUUGCAGUGGAGCUGCAAUUAGAAGUGUGUAAAAGCACUUUUCAUAAUCACUUCUGAUCCCCUGUGUCUCUUCCUGCGCUGCUGGAGGUGGAUUGAGCUGCUCUGUGACAACCUGGAGCACCGUGUGCUUUUGUGUGCAGAGGAAAAAAAUAAUGGCUUCUUAUGAUGCAUCAUAAUUUGCAAUAAUAAAAUUGUUUGC